AUGAUGUUACGAACAUUAUUUUUUAUUAGCGCAUGUCUUAUUGCCUAUAUUCCGCACACGUCUAUUCAAGAUGUAUCAGUGUCAACAAGAAAUUAUCAGAAUCCAGUACGACGAGGAAUAACAAAUAACAAUACAGUGGCUAUUGAAGAUCUUAUUCGUGGGUUAACUGAGCAACAAUACCAAUAUGAAAUAGCAUACUAUGCAUUAACAUUAACUAAUGUUUUUCCAAAUUUUUCCAAAUUUUUCCAUGAACAAAGUGAACAAAAAUAUAGUGAUAUCAAAGGUCUUAUUCAUCUUUGCCAAGUAAUUAAUCUCGAUAUUAAUUUUAAAUCGAUAUCGUCAAACCUAGUUAAUCGACCACUUCGUCUUUUAUCACCCGAUCGAAUAAAUAAAACAAAUUUUGUCGAAUUUUUUUCUCAUUUAAAAACAUCUGAAUGUGACACAACAUUUACUCUAUUAACAACUGUAUAUUACCAAGCAAUGAAUAUGACUGUUCCAUUAAAGAUAUAUUUGAAAGAAAAACUUUUUACGAAACAAAUUUUAACAUGCAAAUUAACAUCUGAUCUUUAUAUUCAACUUGCUCGUUUUAUUGAAUCGAAUUCAAAUGAUCGUGCUAUUCCAUUUUCAUUUAUCUUCGUUGACUCUCAAACAAAACAUAUGCUAUCAUAA